AUGAUGCGCAAGGUGACGUACGAGCUGGGCCGCUGCGUCCGCGAGACGGGUCAGGCGCUCGACCGUCUCGGCCUGCGCGUCUUGAACGACAACUCGUUCAAGGAAAAGUUCUCUCGCCACCGUCAGGUCAUGGCGCUGUACGACAAGCGCCCGAAGAUCGCCCACGACGUGUGGGUCGCCCCGAACGCGACCGUCGUGGGCGACGUGGAGAUCUGCAACGACGCCUCGAUCUUCUACAACGUCGUGAUCCGGGGCGACCUCAACCAAGUGCGUAUCGGCAACCGCACGAACGUGCAGGACCGGACGGUCAUCCACACAGCGAGCGCCACGAGCCCGGGGUUGGCCCCUGGCGCCCACAUUGGCAACGACGUCACGGUCGGCCAUGGCUGCACGCUCUACUCGUGCACGAUCGAGAACAAUGCGCUCAUUGGGAUGGGCACUAUCGUACUCGACGGCGCUCUCGUCGAGUCCAACACGAUCCUGGCCGCUGGCAGUGUCGUGCCGCCUGGCCGUCGCAUUCCAGCGGGACAACUCUGGGCUGGCAAUCCGGCCAAGUACGUGCGUGACCUGUCGGACGACGAAGUCGCUGAGAUCACGAAGCAGGCCAGCGAGUACCGGAGCAUUGCCAGCACCCACAGCGACGAGUUUUUGCCCUAUGGCACGGCCUACCUGGAUGCUGAGAAGAUUAAAGCUGCUGGCGGCCAGCUGUAG